AUGGUAUCUUAUAAUAAUGUGUCUAGAGGAUUCAGAUUAUGCACAAGAAAUUUACCAUUGAAAAUAGAGCUUACCUUUGAUUAUCCAAUAAAAAAUCCAAACAUAUUUUUUCUUACUCAAAAUGGAAGAUUUGAAGUGAAAACAACAAUUUUCUUAUAUAUUACAAAGUUUAAUCCUGAAAAUUGA